AUGGGCCCCUCCCAUCCCACACUCCUGUCCCUGAUGAGUCUCAGUCUGUGGUGGCUCCUGAUGCCAGCAGGUGGAGAGGAAGCCAAGCGCCCCCCGCCCCGGGCUCCCAGAGACGCCCUCUCGCCUCCCCGUGCCCCAGAACCUGCCCAGCCAGGCUCCCACACCCAAGCCGAGGACCGCCUCUUCAAACACCUCUUCAGCGGCUACAAUCGCUGGGCACGCCCGGUGCCCAACACCUCGGACGUGGUGAUCGUGCGCUUCGGGCUGUCCAUCGCCCAGCUGAUCGAUGUGGAGGGCUUUGAUCAGCCCCGGUGCCUGUGUGACCCUGAAGAAUCUGAACCGCCCCGCCCCCUGUGCCCCCUCCAGGAGUGGAGCGACUACAAGUUGCGCUGGAACCCUGCUGACUUUGGUAACAUCACGUCCCUCCGGGUCCCUUCAGAGAUGAUCUGGAUCCCUGACAUCGUACUCUACAACAACGCAGACGGGGAGUUCGCCGUGACCCACAUGACCAAGGCCCACCUCUUCUCCACGGGCACCGUGCACUGGGUGCCCCCGGCCAUCUACAAGAGCUCGUGCAGCAUCGACGUGACCUUCUUCCCCUUCGACCAGCAGAGCUGCAAGAUGAAGUUCGGCUCGUGGACCUACGACAAGGCCAAGAUCGACCUGGAGCAGAUGGAGCGGACGGUGGACCUGAGGGGCUACUGGGAGAGCGGCGAGUGGGCCAUCGUCAGCGCCACGGGCACCUACAACAGCAGGAAGUACGACUGCUGCGCCGAGGUCUACCCCGACGUCACCUACGCCUUCGUCCUCCGGCGCCUGCCGCUCUUCUACACUGUCAACCUCAUCAUCCCCUGCCUGCUGCUCUCCUGCCUCACCGUGCUGGUCUUCCACCUGCCCUCGGACUGCGGCGAGAAGAUCACGCUGUGCAUCUCGGUGCUGCUCUCGCUCACCGUCUUCCUGCUGCUCAUCACCGAGAUCAUCCCGUCCACCUCGCUGGUCAUCCCACUCAUCGGCGAGUACCUGCUGCUCACCAUGAUCUUCGUCACCCCUCUCGCCACCGCCCGGAAGGGUUGGGGUGGUGGCUGGGGACGCAGAAGGGACAUUCCAGGAGAGACCAACAACAAAGCCCGUUGCACCACCAGCCUUCCUCCUUUGUCCUGGGUGGUCUUCUCUUCCUCCUCCUCGUUCCUGGGCUUUGGGCAUUUAGCCAACUUCACCAUUUACCCACAGACCCUGCAGACUCUCGGUCACAUGGUGGGGGCCGGGACGGGGGUACGGACUCCCCUUCCCAGCCUCUGCCGGGUCAGUGUCCGGCGUUGUCAGGUGAAGGAGGACUGGAAGUACGUGGCCAUGGUCGUCGAUCGCAUUUUCCUCUGGCUGUUCAUCAUCGUCUGCUUCCUGGGGACCAUCGGCCUCUUCCUUCCUCCGUUCCUGGCUGGAAUGAUCUGA